UAAUCACACUCCUAUUUUUAUUUAUAUUUUCAUUCCAUGACACAGCUGACACUGACAAUGACAAUGAAGAGUGACAGGAUAGGGAUUUGGGGAAUAAUGUAAUAGGGAUGAGAGAUCCGACGUGAACGAAUACUUGACCUGUUUUCCACUUAUUACUGGCACUUUGAGUAAAGCAAUUAGCACGCAAUUGGCUAGGUUUUUUCAAAGCUGAUUUUUAAUACACAGUAACAUCAAAAAAAAGUUUUGUAUGUAGCUUUCAAAAACUGAAUCAAACCUCUGAUUUAUAUUUGAGAUGGGCAAUCUAUUUCACUAUUGAAAAUCAAAGCAGGAGCGAGCACCUGUCAAAAUCUCAACGCUGCGAGUAAUCCUUCAUUUCAUGAUACCGAUACCCAAACAAAACGAAAAACUGUUUUCCAGAGUCCGAAUAUUAAUUACGAUGGAUAAUUAUACUAGAAUUUUAACCAUUUCCAAUAUUUUCAGUACUACAUAAGCUAGAAUUGGAUUCAGACCUUAUUGAUUACAUGCAAUUUGGACCCUGUUUCACCGAAGAAAAAGAAAACUGAAAUGUUUCUUUGAAUGCAAUCUAAAUAUUAAUUGUAUAAAUUCUGCAACAGACACUCCACAUGCAUUUUUGGAUAGAUAAACGUAGCCAGGCAUGCGGAUUUAAUGUGUACAGACAAGUUAGACCUUCACUUUCUGGUACUGUUUAACAUGUUAAAUUUAUACUUUUUGAGACAAUACCAGUGGACAGCAAAAAUAAUAUAGAAACAUCAAAGGAGGUCAUCAACAAUUAAUCGAAGACGAGUGGCUAAAGGUGUCCUGUGACAUUUUUUAAAAAUUGUUUUUUUUUUCAUUAAACAAACCUUAAGGAGUGCUUCUAUUUAAGAUGUAAAUAAAGUAAGAAGUCCCAAUAAAAAAUGUUUAAAGUCAAUUUUCCUCCAUACAUCAAUUUUGUUGCAUGACAACAAUACACCUUUAUCCACUUGUGUUUUCAAUUAUUUAUUUUGUUUAGUUUCAAUACAGCUUCAGUAGCAGGAUGUAACAAGUGCUCUUCUACCAUAGCUACCAGUGUCUAGCCCUUUUUUAUUCACUAGGAAGUGUUGCUAUUGCACUUUUCAUAGAUUUCCCACUUGACUGAUAUGUUUUUUGUUUUUCCCCAAUUUCUCCUUUCCAUAUUAUUAGCUUAAUCCACUUGUGUCUUUUCAUACAUGUACAGUGUGCUCUGGUCUAAAUGAGUUUACUAGUCCUUGCUCAAUAAGUUUUCUGAUGAGUUUGAUUUAUGACUUCUUAAAAAGUAUGAAAUUUAGGUCACACUAAUAUAAUUUGUCAUUCUUAGGGUACGGCAGAAAUCAAGGGAAUCUGUGUAGUGGCUUUUUUCCAGAACCGAUGGUAACACCAGUUCAUAGAUUCCAGUCCAUUGAAAGUGUGGUAAACAAUGGUUUACGAUGUAGCAGAUCAACUGGCUAUCAUGCAAGGCCACCAGUACAUUGUUCACCAUCAGUACAUUAUAAGUAAAUCUUUUAAUAUUUCAUAAGUUAUUCAUAAAAACAUACAAGAAGACAUUUGAAUUGGUCUUGUGUUUUUAAAUAUUCAACAAUUCUUGCACUGCACUUAGAUACAUCCAAUUUUGUGGGGAGUUCAACUCAACAUGUUAAAUAACAGCAGAUCAUUUAGUACAUUCAAAGCUCCCCACAUUGUACUUCCUCUUUAUAAGUGAUGUCAGCAGUUUUGUGUGAGUUGUUUUACAUAAAGUUAUUGGGAAAAUGUCAGUAUACAUCCAAAAUGAACUAAUUUGCUUAUCUGCUUAUGAUCAUGACUACAUUUCAAGUAAGCUAAAAAUCAAACAAAUUUUAGCCAAUAUUUGAAUUAAAUAGUUUUCAUAAACUACUGAAUGUCAACAGUGUGACUCAAGGAGGCACUUAAAUAGACAUCAACAUCUAAUGAAGUAUUAUGGAAAAUAGUUCACAACUGAAUAACUUCAUUUUGCUGCAAAUUGACAUUUGUUUUUGCAUUGCGAAAUUGUAGAAAACUCGUUUACUGCAUUGUAAAGACAGAAUUGAGUGAUUCUCAGUCAACAGGCACAUACAGUAGAUUCUUUCAUUUGAAUUUUUAAGUAGCAUAAUGUUAAGGGCACACGUUUUUAUAGUAUUUGAGACAAUACCCAAUUGACAGUUAGUGAAUUUGCAUAAGACAUAGAUGUGACAUAUUUAACACUUUUCUGAUGAUGGUAUUAAUUUGUAUUUUGAUACCAUAAAAAUAGUAAAAAUACACAAACCAUACACCAGUUUAGACAAAUAAAUAUAUAUAGGAAUUGAGUAAACAUUUGCACUAUUUUUUCAAUGAAAAGCAGGCACAAAAUGUUUUCAAUAAAAUGAGAAUCACCCAAUUAUGUACAACUCAAUUGGGUUCAUCCAUUGCUUGACUAAUGAUACUGUACUUCAGUGGGGUGAGCAGCAACAUUCGGAUACCACGGGUUCCGCAAAUGGGUGGUUCUUUAGAGAUGGUCGCCACUGCCCAUAAUCCAACAACAAGAAACCGACAUUCUCCUACCUCUAAGUUGAAAUGUGGUGUUUGGAUAUUUUUUGCUCUGGUGACUUUUUUCCUUGCAGGAUCUAAAUACUACUUUCACGGGAUCAAUAUAGGCGUGGAGGCACUAGUCUUUUGUGCCCUUCUGGUGGUUGUUCUGAUAGUGGGAGGUAUGAUAUCUUUGUGUGAGGUUAUUUUCUCAUAUGCCCCAUCUUACAAUGCUGGGAGUCCUUCAACACAAGCUACCGAUCAGUCUGAAAAUCAAGAAACACACAACAUUCCCGCACAAACUUCAACAGCUAAUAACACGCCGCAACACCCAGCUGAGAUUCCCCCACCCCCCUACCAUAUAGCCGUGAUGUUGUCUCCACAAAAUGGCAACAUGGACGCCAUACAUGUCUUAAGGGAUUCCCCGCCUCCGUCUUAUGAAAAGGUGGUUACCUGAGGAAUGAAUUAAAAGGUUUUUAUUCUUGCUUUCGAUCAAGCCAGUUGUUGCUUAAUGAUAAUCUAAACGAAACCAGAUUCUUCUCAAAGUAAGCUUCUUGGUAAUAUUACAAGACAAUGCGAAGUUCCAACAUUAAUGGCUUCCAAGCAGAAAAUGUGACAGGCGAGCUACAGCUCAUUCAUAGCUCGCAAAUUCGACUACUUUUGCUACAGCUUCUGGCCUGUGACAUAUUUUCAGAAUAAUAUGUUGUUACUACAGAUGCUAAGAUUUUAAUGUUUUUAACAUAUCGGAAAUUGCGGACCAAAAACAUAUUUGUGUUAGUUAUUUGUAGAAAAUCGUAAUUUAAAAUAAAAUUUAUUUUUAUACUUAAUCCAUCAUGAACGCUAUAGACUGGUGGAUACUGUAUGGUGAUAAAAGGAUUCCAGAGUAGGGAAAUUACUACUCAAGGGUUAAUGGAGGAGCAUAUGUGCAUGUUGAAGAACGACUUUGAGAAGAUUUUGAUUUGUUUUUGGGUAAAAACGUAUCCCACGGUUAUUGACACUUGUGAUAUUUUAAAGUAUUUAUUGUUUCAUGCACAGUGUGUCAUAACUCUAAGGCUUUAAGUGAGCAUAAAGUUCUCUUCUAACUGUCUUGCCAAUACCGCCAAAGUAUUUUUGUUUUAUGAUGUUUUAGUUUUAUAUCUUUAACUUCAGAAAGAAUUUGUUUGUAAAUAUAAUUUCAUGUUGGGUAUUAUUAGCAUAAGGAACUAUAGAAUCUGUUCGUUUUAGCGUAAAAUACUCGAGAGUAGUCUCACAUGAAAAGUUAUGGUAAAAGUAUGAAUGGUAAGAUGACAAAUACGUUCGAAAUGUCUCUUUAAACUUCCAGGACAUGAUAAUCACUAGUCGCUAAUUGUUCAUUUUUAGCAGGUUUCUCGGCAUAUUCGCAGAUUCUCUAAACAAACAUGUUCGCGGAAUUUUUAUUUUCAAAACCACAAAUAAAUAAACGAGCAGAGCCAUUGAAAUAAGUGAACUUUAACGACGUCUCCCCAGAUCUGAGCAUAUACAGAAAAAACGGUCCUACUGAGGUCCUUCACGGUGUGUGCGGGGCCUCCUAAACCUAGGGCGCAUGAUUGGUUAUAGCCACUUCCACGAUUUUGGGGUAGUUGAAGUCAUUUCCGAAAUGUUAGUGGUGCAGGAGACCUAUUGGAACAUGACCGUUUCAAUCGUGCCUGACUUACUGUUAACUGGACGUCUGUAUAUAUUGGAAAUAAAAAAUCUCAAGGAGAUGAGUAGCAGUCUCAUGUCUUCUUUAUAUCCUUGAAGCAUUGACCAUGAUAGUAUUAUUAGUAACUUCAAAAAGAAGGCAAUGAACAAACAUUGACAAGAAAACUGCGCAACAUGGGUAAUCACAUUAAUCGCAUUUCUUUAGGAAUUAUCUACUUACGGAUAUUUAACAAUCUGUUAACACUUGGACAAAAGUUGCACCCGUAAAAAAGCAGUUUACUGCCUAGCCACCAGAUAUUUAAGAUAUUGAAAUAAUGCUGUUUGUCUAAAGGGUAGCGGAAGAAAGAGGGUGAGUUGCAGUAGUCUUAGAUUUAAUUGAUAAGUAUGAUUGACCUUGCAUUCCACUAUAUGAAAAACGGUAAUAAAUGAUAUUACUAGAGUUGAUCGCUUCCAUACCUAGUACCAGGCGCGAUAUUGUUAUUCUGAGCGUCCAAGACAUGAAGUCAAAAAACAGUUGAUUCUUGUCAUUCAAAAUAAAUAUUAUGCGGACUUGAGAAAUCAUGAACAUGCUAUGAGCGCGUCGGUGCCGGAGCUCCUGUGUACCUUGCCGCCGUUAUGGAGUACUUGGCAGCCGAAUAUGACCUACUCCUUGAGGCUCUCUAGCUAACAAAAUAUAAUUACAUAAUAUGCAGCUUUGCUAAAGGUUUCUCUAAUGUUGUUUAACACUACUAGCGCCAAGCGAAAAAAACCUGUCUACCCGUUGAGGCCAGCCUUUUUUCAGUAGGUCACACCCCCAGGCCAGAAGUGUUUUUUAAUUUCUUUAUUCAGAUAAAGUAUAUACGGAUGAUGUUGAAUAAGUAUUAGCCCAUGUGAAGAGCAAAUUUUGCCAAAAUGGCAAAUGUAUCAAAUCUAUACAUGUGGCCUCGUGGUGUGACUCUCGAAUUUUCUCAACCCCACGCCACGUGUGUACAUUCGAUACAUAUUUCCAUUCGUAUACAUCUUAUGGAAAUUUCAAACUAAUUGGGGAAAAAUGAUAAAAAGACAACUUCAGUGAUAUUUAUACAAUAUAUUUACAAAGAACAAAAAUUGUGGAAAACAGAAAAUAGAAUGAAAUUAUCGUUUGCUUGGCACACAGUUGUGUGUUAGAAAAAAACAAUCAAUGCACAUAAACUUAUGUGUGCAUGAAACACAUGAGGUUUUAACUUGUUUGCUGAGUGUUGUGGCCUUCUUUGAGUCGAAUUGCUUUUGGAACUUGUCGUAGCAAACCACGCAACGUCCUCUUUUUGGGCGAUUUUCAGUCAAUCGGUGUUUAUGAUGUAGUUGUUGGGGAGUCAGCAGUGCCUGCUCAUCUAAGGUUCUUAGAUUUUCCAAUAUUGCUGUCACGAUUUCCUCCCUAAACCGGACAAUUGUUAUUUUUUUCCUUACCACCAGUGUAUACAAUCUGUGACUGUUUACAACUGCGGUGUUUGUUAGGAGAUCAAACGCAAGUUUUCUAUGCCAUUUGAGGCCUUUACGCAGUGGACUGCAGUAACCUGCCAUCUGGUCUGACAAAUCUAUAUAACCUUUAGCAGAAUUGUAAUCCACUAUGGUCGAAGGUUUUUGCAUUCUUCUUCCUCCUCUGCUUUCAAUCUCCACUAAAUGCGGCACUUGUUUUGUAGUCAAGAAAAGGACAUCUCUUUUGUCCUUCCAUUUUCCAAUAAUGAUUUUUUUCUCACUAUGUUGCAAAUAUUUCAUAUCCCCUCGCCUAAGUUUUGCUUUGGUAACUCCAUGUGGGUUAUGUUUUCUAUUCACUCUAAGGGUACCUAGUAAAUGGGUUUUUCUUUUCAAAAGUUCUUCUGCCAAUUCAACACUUGUAUAAAAGCUAUCAGUAAACAGGGUUCUCUCUUGGUCCAACAAUGGCUCCAUCAGUUCCAUAGUAGUUCUAGUGGUAACAGUGAGAUUUCCAGAAGAGGCUUUUCCUGUGUAUACUUUCGCGUGCCAAGUGUAUCCACCCAACAGACACACUUUGUAAACCUUCAAACCAUACUUGUGGCGCUUACUUGGAAUGUAUUGGCGAAAUUUUAUUCGCCCUCUGAACGGAAUCAUCGACUCAUCUAUGGUAAUUUUUUCUCCAGGUUCAAACAUUAUGGAAAAUUUGUUGUUCAGCAAGCGGAGUAAAUGUUCGAUUUUGUACAGUCUGUUGUCUGGAGAUGCCAUUUCAUUAUCAGCAAAGUGGAUGAAUCCCAACAAUAAUUCAAACCUAUUUCUACUAAUAUAGCAACUGACAUCAUUUUUGUACAGAAUAUGUUUCUUCCAAUAGUCGCGAAUUUCGGGUUUUCGGUCUAGUCCCAUCCAUAGUAAAAACGCGAUGAAGAUUUUCAUUUCCUCCCUGUUUGUAUCAGUCCAAGCAUUAUAUCUACUCCCAGUAGUAAUUUCUUCUCGCGCAAUGAGCUUACAGAGUUCCUGGGUGGCAUAGAGGUUUGUAUUGGAGACAAUUAGAUCCAUAAUCUCAUCAUCAAGAAAGAGAUUAUAAAAAUCUAGCGGUGUUUUUUCGGUGUGCUCUAAGAGCAUCAAACAAUGUUGAGAAACUGCGUUUGUCUUGUUGCAAUCAAAAUUGAAAAGAUCACAUGAUGGUUCUGACCAGCUCCUUUCUCCUUGUGCCUCUUGAACACCCGCUUCAAGUACGUCAUCAUCUUCAUUGCCAUUUGUCUCGACUUCACCUUCAAGGGCUUCAUAAUCUUCAUCAUCGUCCUCAGAUGAAUCCUCCACUAAAACAACAGUAACGUAAGGUAAAUCUCAGAUCUAGCGUGAAUAUGUGAAUAGGUGAAUAGGACAUACUAAUGAAUUAUGUGUGAUAAAUUUGAAGGUUACCGGUCAAUAACGUACACCUACUAUGAAAAUGAAUAUUUGACGUUCGUAAAUAACGUAAAUAAGAAUCAUACUUACAGCUACUCCCGCUACUACGUCCGUCGUCAUCGUUUCCUUCAAGAAUUGCGACCAACUCAUCGUCUGUAUAUACUUUUCUACCCGACAUCAUUUAUAACAUAAGUACACAAACGUACGAGAACACAACUGACUGAAUAAUGCGACAACACGAUUAGCACGGAUAACAGUAGGGGUUGGUUGUUAUUUAUCAAUGCACAUAGGCAACCAGGAUACCACGGAAUAGCAGUUUGCUAUUUUAUACUGUUAUUUUAAAAAGUUAUUCAAAAAUAGCAUCAACAGUCAUAACAGUUAUUUCAAAAUAACCAUAUUUCCCGUCUCUAGAUAACAGCAUCCGCAGUGGAAGAACAUAAACGCGUUAUUUGGAAAAACCUAGUGUUAAAUUCGAAUUGUCAAACAUAUAUGUCCAAAGCAAAGGAUAUCGUUAGUUGGAUACUCUUUGCCA